AUGUCGCCAAUGGCGAACUCUGAUGUCUCAUCACAGCUACCCAACGUUGUAUGGGAUCUGCUUGCCGCAUACACCGUGUCUGGUCGCCUGGCCAGUUCGUACAAAAAGUUCAUACUCCGAUGCAGGUCAUUCAGGAACGAGACGUCGAGCGGACUUGUGAACCCUUUGCGAAGAUUCGACCUUGAACAAGGCAUUUCCUCCGUCUCGCAUUCAAGUCGACGUCACAAAGAAGCAUCGUGCCGCAUACAUAGAACUCUGUGCAUGCGCAUGUUGUGGUGCGGGACUGCAAUUAAAAUUGGGGUGUCCAGCAGUACAGCGAUGUGUCUGCCUCGAAUGGACGAAUGUCGCUCUGUUCCUGAUUUUCGCUUCGUCGUUUUCAGAUUCCGAAAUGGUUGUUGGUGCUUGGAAGAGUGUACAGUAUGCGCUGUCUGCUACUCAAUCCAGCGUUGCUUGGAAGCAGCCAGGAAGCUUUUUUCAAACCAAAGAGAACGUGUGUCGAAGAGCCUUCCCAAACCGGUAUAG